AGCCUGAAGGAGUGGCAAGUGAAUUCAUUGCAUCUGUGACUUCUAAAGGCUAGAAUUAUCUCGAAUGAAAUUGUCUCUAAAGUGCAAUUUAAGUAUAUUCUGCAAGAGAUACCUCUUACAGCCCACAGCAGGUCUUCUAGGGACCACCUGUCUCUUGUGGCUGUUGCUGUAGCAACAAACUAAUGGAGCACAGAUGACCUUCAGUUGAUAAAUGAAAAAGGAAUGAUAGAAGAUCACCGUUUUGUAAACUCUUGAGGGAUAAACACUUCCUAAGCAUUGAGCAUCCAUGGAUGCUGACAUCACAAAAGAGAGUACUUCUGAGGUCUUAACGAGGGGUCGAGUUUGAGUCUGAUAUCCUAUUGCAGCAAGUGGCCCUCGAAGACACAUGAACAAGCUAAACUGUACCACGAGAAUGCAGUCCUUGCAGACGAAGACACAUGAACAAGCUAAACUGUACCACGAGAAUGCAGUCCUUGCAGAAGCCACGCUGUGGGGAGCUGUGUUCACAUAGUCCUUGUUCUUCAGAGGGAAUGGGCUGUUUCUGGGGAGCUGAAAGGAAAUUCUGGAUCUUGAAAGGUGUCUAUUCAACUCAAGUGGGCUUUGCAGGAGGUUAUACCCCCAAUCCUACUUAUAAAGAAGUCUGCUCAGGAAAAACUGGACAUGCAGAAGUCGUCAGGGUUGUGUACCAGCCAGAGCGCAUCAGCUUUGAGGAACUGCUCAAGGUCUUCUGGGAGAAUCACGACCCGACCCAAGGCAUGCGUCAGGGCAAUGACCAUGGCACCCAGUACCGCUCGGCCAUCUACCCGACGUGCACUGCGCAGAUGCAGGUGGCCCUGCAGUCCAAGGAGGACUAUCAGAAGGGACUGUCGGAGCACGGCUUCGGUGGGAUCACUACCGACAUCCGGGAGGGACAGACUUUCUACUACGCGGAAGACUACCACCAGCAGUACCUGAGCAAGAACCCGGAUGGCUACUGUGGCCUCGGGGGCACGGGGGUUUCCUGUCCCCUGGGUAUUAAGAAGUAACUUCUCCUGGCACGGUAACCUCUGCAGGUUCCAGUAAAAACGCUCCCCCUAAAUGGGCUGAUGCUUCUGUGAUUCACAUCUAUGGCUCUUUCAAGUGCAUUGAUAACAAAUCGGGGUUUAUUGAGGUUUAAUUUUCAGGAAGUGCAUUGGCAAGUUGAUAAAAAGUAUGUUGUCAUCAGAUAUGUUAGGGUGGGAAUAAUACUGUGAAAUUUUCUGAGUCACUUGGGUUCUAAACAGAUUGAAAGAGUACGGUGUAUUCCCCCCUGGGACCCUGGGGACUGCCAUGGGAGACGGCUGGCCAGGGAUGGGAGACUCGGGACCCUCCUCUGCAUCCUGUCCACUUAAGUGUCACCUGCCCUUCAGUGCCUUACAACACGCACAGGUGCAGCCUGGACGAAUCACUGCUCCGUGGAGCCUGGAUGUGUGGAAGGGGCUUUCUCUCAGUGUUCUGUGGAGGGAGAAGUGCAUUCGCUUGAGGAAUUGAACUCUUUGCUUAUAGCUAUGGGAAAUGCUUGUCCUAAUAAAAAUCUACAGUUCAGUGCUGCAAACUA